AUGGAUGUCCAAACCAGCGAUGUCGGCGUACCGACCUUCUGGGGCACCUCAGGCAGGAGGCUCCAGAUGAUGGUCACCGCCGUCGCGACCACCGAUUUCCUCCUCUUUGGGUACGACCAGGGCGUCAUGUCCGGCAUCAUCACCGCCGAGGCCUUUACGCACGACUUCCCCGAGGUCGUGUCCGAGGGCAGCGCCUACGAGGGCUUCGUCACCUCCAUCUACGCCGUCGGCUGCCUGUUCGGCGCCCUCUUCAUCCUGGGCUUCGGCGACCACCUCGGCCGCCGCAUGUCCAUCUACCUCGGCGCCGUCGUCAUGAUUAUCGGCGUCAUCAUCCAAAUUGCUUGCGUGCCCGUGAGCGGAGGCACCACCGCCCAGUUCAUCAUUGGUCGCUGCAUCACCGGCGUCGGCAACGGCAUCAACACCUCCACCAUCCCCACCUAUCAGGCCGAGUGCAGCCGCUCCCACAACCGCGGGAAGCUCAUCUGCAUAGAGGGCGGCAAUGUCGCCAUCGGCACUCUGAUUGCGUACUGGAUCGACUACGGCUCCAUCUACGGGCCCCACGCCUUUACUUGGAGGUUCCCCAUCGCGUUUCAGUGCGUCUUCGCCAUCAUUGUGCUGAUCCUCAACACUAGACUUCCCGAGUCGCCCAGAUGGCUCCUCACAAAGGACAGACACGAAGAAGCCUCCAAAGUACUCGCCGCCCUCGCAGGCAAACCCACCAGCGACCCAGAAGUCCGCGCCGAGAUCGCCGCCAUCGUCGAGUCCAUCAGCGCCUCGGGCCACAAGGGAGGCAUAACCCCGAUGUCCGCCCUCUUCACCAACGGCAAGACCCAGCACUUCCGCCGCAUGAUGCUCGGCCUCUCCUCCCAGAUGAUGCAGCAGCUGUCCGGCUGCAACGCCGUCAUCUACUACUUCCCCAUCCUCUUCCAGACCUCCAUCGGCGUCUCCCACAACAUGGCCCUCCUCCUCGGCGGCGUCAACAUGAUUGUCUACUCCAUCUUCGCCACCACCUCGUGGUUCGUCGUCGAGCGCGUCGGCCGCCGCAAGCUCUUCCUCAUCGGUACCGUGGGCCAGUGUCUGUCCAUGGUCCUUGCCUUCGCCGCUCUCAUCCCCGGCACCGAGUCCGCCGCCAAGGGUGCCGCCGUCGGCCUCUUCACCUACAUCGCCUUCUUCGGCGCCACCUGGCUUCCUCUUCCUUGGCUCUACCCCGCCGAGAUCAACCCGCUCAAGACGCGAGCCAAGGCCAACGCCGUCUCCACCGUGUCCAACUGGCUCUGGAACUUCUUCAUCGUCAUGAUCACCCCCGUGCUCAUCGACAAGAUCAGCUGGGGCACUUACCUCUUCUUCGCCGUCCUCAACGCCAUCUUCUUCCCCAUCAUCUACUUCCUCUACCCCGAGACCUCCCAGCGUACCCUCGAGGAGAUUGACCACAUCUUCGCCAAGGGCUUCGAGGAGAACAUGAGCUACGUCCGCGCCGCCAAGGAGCUGCCGCGCCUCGGCACCGAUAUCCAUGACCACUACGCGCGCGAGGACACUGAAAAGGCUGGGCCUUCCACUGGUACCGACUCCGUUUCCGACAACGGAUACUCCCCUCCUGGUCAGGGCGAGAAGGAGAAGAAUGAAGCUUGA